GUCUGGGUUGGCUGUUCACACCAAGGAUCUGAUGCUGAGGCCCCGGAGGGGCGCCCUCUCCUCUAAAAUUGGAAGGCUCGAAAGAUGUCAGACUUCUCUACUACCGUACGGCACUACCGUCGGUAGUACAAGCUGUAUCAAAGGCAUGGGGCACGCAAGAAGCUUAGCCAGCAUACCUAUUAAAGUAGAAAGUCUGAACUAGAUAGCGCAAAGCGGUGAAGGAGGGGAGCGAAGACACAAGAAGACACUUGAGCCUGGUCUCCGAAACCUUUCCUCAAGUCAUCGCAUAAUUGGCAUGGACCAGGUUCGGAGGUAAGCCAUAGCCUUAGGUGCAUGUGUCAUCAGUGCACCUGAGCGGCCAGCUGGCGGCGCAGGGCUCCUGCGUAUGCGCUGGGAGUAGCAGAGGGAGGCCGCGGGGCAGCCAUCGGUGAGGCGGCACAGCCUGGUGCAGAGGCAGCUGGGCAGCAGACUGGGCGAGAGGGGAACUGCGCACAAAGGUCGCUGAUUGGGGAGGGCUUCCAAACCAGUGCCCUAUUGCUGCUGGAACUGUUAGCGUGCCGCCCCGAUCCCUUCCCUUGGAGCCACCAUGAGCAGCGAGGAGGGGCUCCAGAAGCGGCAGUUCAACUUCCCCCUCUUCUGUGGGCUGUGGCUGCCGGCCAAGCCCGGCGAGGAGGACGCCGGCCGCCAGUUGCUGGUGCUGGGCGGCGGCGGCGGAGCGGGGGCUCAUGGUGUACUGAACCGGCUGGUGCUGGCGGCCUGGGACGCAACCACGGCCACGCUCCUGCCCGAGCUUGCAGGGGAGGAGACUGGCGAGGAUGCGGCCCAGGCUGCGGCGGUGCACCCGCAAGGGGCCGUGCUCGUUGUGGCAUUUGCGACAGGGGCCCCCCUGCGGCGCUACGAUGUUCGCUCCGGGCCAUCGCCGCGCCUGCUCUCAGGGGCAGCCCUUCCAGCGGGCUUGCAGGGGUGGGGAGAGCAGCGCGCGCUGGCCUUCAACGAGAGUGGGGACCGGCUGGCGCUAGGGGGGCAGGACGGCGCGGUGCGCGUGGUGGAGUGGCCGAGCGGGCGCGUGUCUGUGCAGCUGCCGGAGGCGCACACGGCGGACGUGCGCAGCCUGGCCUUCAGCGCGGACGGCCGCUUCCUGGCCAGCACCAGCCGCAGCGCCGCCUGCCCCGUCUGGGACCUGCACCGUGAUGGCGAGCAGGCAGCCACGCUCACAGUGCCCCAGGGCUGCACCAUCUCGGCUGUUCGCUUCUCGCGCGUCGGCCCCCUCGUGGCCCCGAGCGGCGCGCUGCUGGCGUGCGCCAGUGCGGAGGGCGCCAUCGCCGUGCUGGCCGCCCCGCACCUGGCGCCCCUGCUGCGCGUGCGCCGCGCCCACCCCCUCUUCAUCACCGGCCUCGACUUCUCGCCCGACUCCAGCGCGCUCCUCUCCAUUUCGGCCGACUCCAGUGCGCGCGUGACCGACCUGCGCCAUGUUGCCCACGGCUCUGCCUGGUGGGACCUGCUCCUGGCCCUGCUCGUGGCGCUCCUGGCAGUCGCUCUUGCGGCGUUCCUGCAGCGCUAACCACCUCGCCGCAUGGGGCAGGAAAGGCCGUUGGGAGCGGCGCACCCUGCGUGGCCCCUGAACUUGUGUCCAAAGAGGCGGAACCUGAGAAUCACCGGCUGAUAUGACAGCGAUUGCAGCUGGGAUAGAAUCCAGUUGUUGGGCAACAAGACUUGUCCUUUCAAGCAAGCAAAAAAGGAUGCAUAGAGAUAACUCUGGUCACGAGUUCCUGGGCUGAACUUCUCGCCGCUUCCUUCUUGCUCUCCCUUCGAGCAGCACUGAAAACCCUACAAUUGCCUAGCCACAAGUUCCUAUUGCAGACACAUACGUUAUUCUCUCAAUGAACUCGACUACUGCAGAACCUGUCCAACCUGGCCGCUUGGCGUUAGCUAAAAGUGACCCUCGUGGCGUGGCGCUUCAUGUAGGGGCAUCGAUUUAUUUCCCGC